GCUGCCCAAGGUCACCCGGGCACCGCUCAGCCCCAUAAAGCAGAGCGAUGACUGCGAGCUCCUUCCCCUGCACGCAUUAGCGGGGCGCUGCGGGUGGGACCUGCACACUGAGAGCUGAGCACUGCUCAGGUGAACGCACUUAAGUCCUCCCCGCAGUGCUGCUAAGAGGAGCACGCGGCUGCAGCUCCCAUCAGCUGCUCCCAUCAGCCUGCCCCGUUAACAGCCCCGCGCAGCCAACCCGAACCGUGCCGGGCCUGGCAGCGGACCAGGGGAGGGACUGCAGGGCUGCAGGCAGCGAGCGCUGCGUGUAGAGAGGAAGGGAGAGGUCAGGAGGAGAAAAGAUGCAGAGAGAACAGCUGGGUGAGGGUUUGUAGGGCUGCGGGAGGGGUAUUCUGGCUGCUUGAAGGGUGCUGCAGCACAUACAUGGGUAUCUGCCCCAGAGCAAUGCUGGUACAUAGAAGGGAUGCUCCGUAGCAGGGGAUGCUCAGGAGAGGGAAUGCUCCAUAAAGGGAACGCUCCCUGGGUCAGAUGCUCCAUGGAAGGGAUGCUCCAUGGAAGGAAGCCCUUGACGCCCCCAAGGAUGCUGAGCGCUUUGCCAUCUCUCUCCUUCCCUGUGCCCCCCCAGAUGAGAGCACCCUACUCGCUGACCUGCCUCAUCCUGCUGAGCCUGGGGGCCUGCUGCCCACCCCACGAGCACCACGAGCCCCGACACCCCGAGGAUGUGCUGGAGCCGUGCUGGCGAGGAGCGGUGGCUGAGGCUGUGGGUCCCUGCGGGUGGGCGGCCCCAAUGCGGCGGCGAAGCGAGGAGCUGGGCGCACUGCUGGGCAUUGCCCGGGUGCUGCGGGGCUACGGGCAGCAGCACAGUGUGGGCCCACGGGGACGGCCGGAGGGCUCCGAGAAGCGCGGAGGUGGCGGCACGCUGGGGGACCUGGCUGAGGAGCUCAACGGCUACGGCAGGAAGAAAGGUGGCUUCGCCUUCCGCUUCGGGAGGUGAGGGCUGCGGGGUGAGCUGCAUCCCCACCACUCCUGAUGCCUCGCUGUGGAGCAAAGGAUGCAGUGGGGUGGCUGCUGGGGUGCCCCGGGGAGGGGAGGCACCGUGUUUGCUUUGCACUCAGUCCUGCCCCACAUCUCCCAGCCUCAGAGAUGGAAGAACAGGAGGGAGCCCUGCAUCCCUUCCUCGGGGACGUGGUGGGUUGGCCGGGUGCCGGAGCUGUGCGUGCCGUGCUGGGACGGCUGUUGGAGACACAGGGAGGUGCACUGCAGGGCUGCAGCGGGGUGAUGCUGCAGUGACAGUCCCCACGGGGACAGCCCAAGCGCGGCCGUGGGUGUGGAGCAGCGCUCUGCGCUCUCCUUCCUAUUAACGAGAAGCCCCUCCGGCAGCAAAUUCUGCUUAGUGUCACACUGCCACUUGCAUGAGUGAGCUUCUGUGUGCCAACCCAGACACAGCAGCGGGGCUGGAGAACAUCUUACCUCUAAUACAUCCCCAUGCGAGCACGCAAACCUGCCCCGCACCGACCCGAUGCAGCCGUCCCCAGGGGGUGGCACAGCGGUGACCGACCUCCAGCAUCCUUGUCCCCUCCUGCCCCCCCCUACACCCUCCCAUCCAGCCCAGCACUGCAGGAACACCCGGUGCAGAGAGUCCGGAAGAGCCCCGGGUGCCACAGUCCUGAGCUCCGGUGCCAAAGGCGCAGCAGUUUGGGGAAGAGCCCCCCCAGCAGCCCCACAGCCAUUCUGCCUU